AUUUAAUUAUUGUUUUUAUCUUAAAAAGAGGGAGUGGGGGCAUGCGACGCAGAAGUGGUGACGUCAGCCCUCCGGUCUCUCAGCCAAUGAGUUCCGCAACAGCCGCCAUGACGUCACGCGCCCUACUCCGGAAUAGCGCGCGGCGGCGGAGGAGCAACAGCAUCGGCGCGAGCGCGGAGCCCCGUGUCGCCUUCCGCUCUCUCUGUCUCGCGCGCUCUCUCUUUCCCGCCAGCCGGGGUUGUUUUUGUUUAAGUGAGCUUUUUGUGUCGGUCCCGGUAAGGAGCCCCCCUCCCCUCUGCCCCCGGUGAGCGGGAUGUCGGUGCUGAAGGAGAAACGGUGCUACGGGCUGUCCGGCGGCAACAGGAGCGGCGGACACGUCUCCGUGAUUCACGUCAAGCUAACUGACAGCGCGGCGCGAGCCAUUGAGGACGGAAAGGGUUGGUCCUCCGGUCCCACCAUCUGUUUCAACGGCACCAAAGGGAUCAUCUCCGUUCCUCGCUCAGAGAACGCCGCCGAGAUGAGCGUCUUCCACUUCGGCCUGAGUGACGUCGCCCGCGACAACCCUCACGGCAGCUUCGACUGCUUCCAGCAGUACGGCUCCGGGUCCUCCGAGGAGCUUUCGUGUCUCGGGGUGAUUCAGAAGAAGCUGACGGUCAACGCCACGGACGACUCGUACGACAAGGCUCGGCAGAGCAUGGCGCAGGCCGAGGAGGAGACGCGCAGCCGGGGCGCCAUCGUCAUCAAGCAGGGGGCGCGGCUCCACGGUAAGAAGGUGAGGGUACGCGCUCCGGGCCCGGCACUGGCCGGCCUGACCAAACCCCGACACCCCGUCCGGCCCCGCUCGCUCCUCCCCGCCGCCGCAAAAAUGGGCGGCGUCCACGCCGCCGCCAUAGCAACCAAGCCGAAGAGGGCGGCGUGCGCGUCCAACGGGAAGAGCGGCGUGCAGGAGCGGCGGCUCGGGGAGCGGCGGCUCGGGGAGCGGCUCGCCCACCUGCUGGCCCUGAGGCCCUACACCAGGCCCGAGCUCAUCCUCCGGCUGCAGAGGGACGGGCUGACGGACGCAGAAAAGGACCGGCUGGACGCCGAGCUCCUGGAGGUGGGUCAGCUCACAAGAGACAACACCUUCCUCCUGAAGGACGUGUUGUUCAAGGAGCUGCAGAGAGACUGGCCGGGCUACACGGCCAGAGACCAGCAGCUGCUCAAGAGGAUCUUCAUCAGGAGGCUGUUUCAGCCGCAGCACAGCCUCCUCGCCGUCCCGGAGGCUCAUGUCAGUCCUCUGCGCGACACCCCCGACUCGUCCCCAAAGCCUCCGCCUCCCGAGGAGUACACCGACCCUCUGGCCAGCAGGAAGCCGCGCGUGUCCCGCCUGUCCGGCAAAGUGUCCGGCAAAGCGAGGCCCGCGGAACGAGCGGCGGGCGAAGGCGGGAAAAGGGAGUCGCUGGACCCCCGGGUGCUUUUCGACUCGUUGUUGACGGCGUGUCGGCGGGAAGAAGGGGAAGUGGCCGAGAGACUAAAAGCUCCUCCCCCUUGUGAGGAGGAACCCCAAGUCACCGAGUCAGACCCCGAUCGCCCGCCGUCCCCUCUGGCGGCACCCGAGCUGAGCGGACACACACUCAGGAGGAGGAAGAGCAGACGCAAACACAGAGAUCAGGAUCAGCUGCGAGCCAGGAAGGAAAGGAGACGAGAUCACAGCUCAGAGGACCCCGACAUCGACGUCUCCUUGUUCUGCGUUGAGCCGAGUGAAAUCUUGUUUGACUCCGGCGUGCUCAAAGCAGACGAUGACACAGCAGAAUAUGUCAUGAAGUACGCGGCGAUCUCGCAGCCCGACCAGCGGCAGCGUUACAAGCGUGACUUCAACACGGAGUACAGCGAGUACCGAGACCUGCACGCUCGCAUCGACGGCGUGACGCGGCAGUUCAUGGAGCUGGACGCGCAGCUCAAGAGGCUGCACCACGACUCACUUAAAUACAAGACGGUUCGUAAUCAAAUUCUUCAGGAGUAUCGCAAAAUCAAAAAGUCCAACCCAAACUACAACCAGGACCGGACUCGCUGUGAACACCUGCACAACAAGCUGGCCCACAUCAAGAAGCUCAUAUCGGAGUACGACCGGCAGCAGCUCUGAUGGAGGGAGACGGGAACCUUUCAAGAGAUAUUAUGGGAUGGAGGAGAACACGACUCCCUGCCGAGGACACGAGGAGUUUCUGUUGUUGUUUACAUUUGUAGAUUUUUCCAUCAUCCAUUUGGGUGAUUUCCUGUCCGUCAUGAUGAGCAGCAGUUCCGCCUGAGGAGACCCCUUCAGGUUCACGUGGGCUCACCGAGGGCCCCUGAACGCAUCGCCAGUGACUCCAGAAGACCACGUUCUGUUCAACACAAUGUGAGCUGGAAAGGGGCCAAGAUGGGAGAACAACUAAGAAAUAAUAACAAUGCGUUGCAUGCGGUUUAGUUUACAGAACGCAUGAGGGGGACAAAUCAGAAGUUUUGUCUGUUUUUAAAAUAAAAAAUGUUUACUUGUA